UAUCAUCCUAACAGAUCCCUAGCGGAGCAAGAUGGCGUCCAACUCGCUGGAACACGGCGGCGAUGCUCCAGUAGAAGGGCUCCCUGGCCGCUCGGGGGUGCUACCCGGAGGACCAGGGGUGGCCGUGCAAGGUCCGGGAGGGAAACAGCUAACGGUUUCACCAGAGGAAAUGCAGAUCUUCCAACAAUGCCGAAGAGAGAGCUUCUUCUACAGAUGUCUACCCUUAGGAGGAGCUUUUGGAAUUGUCACCAACAGAUUACUUGCUGCAGGGUUUCUGAAGCCGGGAAGAUUUGGAGCAGGACCUAAGUACAUGCUUGCAGCAAUAGCAGGCUGGGUCCUUGGAAAGUGGUCCUACAUGAGAACCUGUGAAAACAAGUUUCUCCUACUGGAGAAUUCUCACAUCGGAGACCUAAUUAGAAAGAGAAGAGGGAUGGUCCCCAUUGGUGGCGAUGGUACUAGUGCAGACCCUUGGGGUACACCAGGACAGGAUCCUGGCAUGUCUUCAGACUAUGGCAGUUCCUCAUCAUUUGGGCAGGACUCUUCUGGGGGAUUCAGGGAUACUGAAGUGGAGUUAUCAGGACCUGUAGAAGCUUUUGGCCCCAUGUCCAUACCUGAGGAUGAGCAGUCCAAGAAGUACCUGACAUAUGAGGAGCUACGGAAGCGGAACAGAGACGCCUCGCCCCCACCGGUGUCCUCGAGCUCGCCCCCUCCGCCAUCGUUUCAGCCCACCUACAGGAUCGGUCGGGAUGGCAGUAGGGAGAGUAUUGAAGAAAGGCAGUCUGAUACUCAAUGGAAGAAGAAUCAAUAUGGAGAUCUCUAUAAAGACUGAGAAGACUAGGUGGAGAGGACUUAAUAUGUAAAAUUGAAGAGUGGUCCUGACUUCUUGGUCAAAGCUUAGUUAUGCAGACAUUGUACGAAACAAUAUUAGUAUACACCAAAGUAUACUAUCUAGGAAUUCUCGAAUUUUUCAUUCUAUUUUAUUUGAAACUUUAAGACCUCAUCAAGUAAAGCUUGCAGAUUUUGCAGACCUUGCAUAUCAAUUUUCCCAUUUCUUGCUUCUUGAUUCAUAAAAUCCAUUAUUGUAAUUAUCUAGACCAUCUGUUCUUAACAAGAACAACUUGAAUUUGUACAUGUAAAACAAAAAUCAAAUCAUCAUAUGGUAUGGGUGACAAUUUUCAAGCAGCUGAACUGAUGUGAGAAAUUUCAUGCAGAAGUUAAUUAAUGUAAGUCACAC